CAUUGGAUACUUUACCACCAUGCUGGCAGCAUUUUAAGUAUAUUUGUCAAUACUCCCAAAUUUUAACUGAAGAAAACCUUAAGAAUUUAUAUUUGAGGACUAAAGUGUAACUCUACUAAUUAUCAGGCUUUCAAGAUGAAUCUGGAAAAACUCAGCAAGCCUGAACUCCUGACACUAUUCAGUAUUCUUGAAGGAGAGCUUGAAGCAAGGGACCUUGUUAUAGAAGCUUUAAAGGCCCAGCACAGAGAUACUUUCAUUGAAGAACGCUAUGGAAAAUAUAACAUCAGUGAUCCUUUAAUGGCUCUACAGAGAGACUUUGAAACUCUCAAGGAGAAAAAUGAUGGUGAGAAGCAGCCCGUCUGCACAAACCCACUCUCCAUCCUUAAGGUGGUGAUGAAGCAGUGCAAGAACAUGCAGGAGCGCAUGCUGUCCCAGCUGGCUGCUGCCGAGAGCAGGCACCGGAAGGUAAUCCUAGACCUUGAGGAAGAAAGACAAAGGCAUGCACAGGACACAGCUGAAGGAGACGAUGUUACCUAUAUGCUGGAGAAGGAACGAGAGCGGCUGACGCAACAGUUGGAAUUUGAAAAGUCCCAAGUGAAAAAAUUUGAGAAAGAGCAGAAGAAGCUCUCCAGCCAGCUGGAAGAGGAGCGCUCCCGCCACAAGCAGCUCUCCUCCAUGCUGGUGCUGGAGUGCAAGAAAGCCACCAGCAAGGCAGCCGAAGAGGGGCAGAAGGCGGGAGAGCUGAGCCUGAAACUGGAGAAGGAGAAGAGCCGGGUGAGCAAACUGGAGGAGGAGCUGGCAGCUGAAAGGAGGCGAGGCUUACAGACUGAGGCCCAGGUGGAGAAGCAGUUGUCAGAGUUUGACAUCGAAAGGGAACAACUGAGAGCAAAACUGAACCGCGAAGAGAACCGGACCAAAACUCUGAAAGAAGAAAUGGAAAGUUUGAAAAAGAUAGUAAAGGACCUAGAGGCUUCCUGCCAGCACAGUAGCCCUAAUGAGCAAUCGAAGCAACUAGUAACCAUGUCCAAAGGCACAGUGACUGAGCCUCCCGUGCUUGUAUCUGUGUUUUGCCAAACGGAGAGUUUUCAGGCAGAAAGAACCCACGGGAGCAAUAUAGGCAAGGUGACAAACACUGGGCUGCCUGGCCCCACCACUCCUGCUUACUCUUAUGCAAAAACCAAUGGCCAUGGUGACCCGGAAAUACAAACGACCAGGGAGUUGAUAGCAGGCAGCAGUGCAGAAAAUCAAGUGCCACCACGAGAGAAGUCUGUGGGACUGACCCAAGAAAAACCAGUGGAGAAUGGUGGGUGUCCUGUGGGAAUCGAGUCUCCAGUCCCAGUGUCCAGUCACCUCCCUUCUAGUGGGAGCUCGCUUUCUCCCAGCAGCACUGCCUCCUCCUCUCUAACAUCCUCUCCUUGCUCUUCACCAGUACUAACUAAGCGCCUAUUAGGGUCAUCAGCUAGUAGCCCAGGCUACCAGUCAUCCUACCAAGUAGGGAUCAAUCAGCGGUUUCAUGCAGCUCGACACAAGUUUCAGUCGCAAGCAGACCAAGACCAACAAGCAAGUGGUCUACAGAGCCCUCCAUCCAGGGAUCUGUCCCCCACCCUCAUAGACAACUCUGCUGCCAAGCAGCUGGCCCGAAACACAGUCACUCAGGUGCUCUCCAGAUUCACUAGCCAACAAGGGCCAAUCAAGCCUGUCUCUCCCAAUAGCUCUCCCUUUGGCACAGACUAUCGUAAUCUGGCCAACACUGCCAACCCCAGAGGUGACACCAGCCAUUCACCUACUCCAGGAAAAGUAUCCAGUCCUCUAAGCCCCCUUUCUCCAGGGAUCAAGUCUCCUACAAUUCCCAGAGCUGAGAGAGGGAAUCCUCCACCCAUCCCACCCAAAAAACCUGGCCUCACCCCAUCUCCAUCUGCUACAACUCCACUGACCAAAACGCAUUCCCAGGCCUCCUCUGUGACCACCACAGAAGACCUUGCCAGCAGUUGCUCCUCCAGUGCUGGCAUAGCCAAUGGCAAGGACGUUGAGAUACUUUUGCCUACUAGCAGCUAGUCCCUAGGAGGGAGUCUCCACAUGUGACAUUCCAUCUGAUUUCGUCUAAGAGCUCAGAGUCAAACCAUUGAGUUAGAUCAUGUUAUUUAUUUUGAUAGUAGCGGAAUUCAUCAUGUAGUGUGUUUUACCUUUUUGUAUUUUUUUAAGUAGAAACUGAUUAGUUUGGACUUUAUGGCUCAGAUUUUCAUACUGAAGCUAGAAGGGCACCUCAGAGACGUCUCCAGCUCAGCAGUCACCAUCAUGUUGUGAUGGAGAAAGCUGAUCGAGUACCAGGUGGUGAUUUGCUGUCUAUUUUGGGACUAGAAUCACUCAACACUCAUUUUGAAUUAUGCAGAAGUGGUUCAUGCAGAUUUUUAUUCCAGAUGAACAUGUUUUAAAAGUGCCUGAAAUAAGACUGCCAUAUGAAUGUGAUUCUGCAGCAAAAACACAAAACAGAUCAUUUAAUUGCAGAAAAUGAAAUCCUCUAUGAAUUCUGAAUGUUAAAAACCAACACUGCUUUUAAUCCUCUUUUAUUGUUUUUAAUACAAGCUUUGUGUUCUAAAACAAGGCUGCAUAAGAGAAUGGGAAUCCUUCUAAAGGUGAGUGUGAACUCACCACAAAGCUGAGCUUUAUAGAGCCCUUGAGAAACCCUCCUGAACAUUAAGCAUUUGGGGUGCUGAUUUUCUUGUACUUUUGAAAAAUUAAGGAACUCUAGGUUUCCUGCAUAACUUCUUGAAUCGAAUGAAAUCACAUUUCCAUUCAAAAAAUGUCUUCAAGCAUCUACUGUCGUGUAAGGAACUUCUGAUUUUAAUCACUGUUACUUGAAUAGGAAAUGGUCACUCAUUCUGUAUAAAGGUUUUGCAAGAGUGAGUUCUUUAUUCUGUAAUCAAAAAGCAAUAACUUAAAAUUCACUCACUUUGUAAUUUGUAAGUCAGAAUUACACAGGUUUUACCAAAUUGUUACACUUAACUCUCCAGACUGCCAGCACUUGAUGAUGUCUGUAUCUGUGGAACCAAAUUAAUUUUUGCCUAGAUGGACAUACAUACAUAUAUAUAUAUAUAUAUAUCUGUAUAGAUACAUGCUCCUCUCCAUGUUUAACAUACACACACUCAAACAGAUAUGUAUUAAUGUGAUUAUAUCUUUGGCGUUUUCAGUGUAGCCUAAAGGACAAGUCAAAAUGCACGUUAAGAUUACCUAUCGAAGUAACCAGGGACCUACUUAAGGGAGGAAUUUGUACACAGAUUAGUUGUAGAAACCAGGUCUUCAGCAUCACAAAAA